CUUCUUUCUUUUUGUGGUGGUUUUUUUAAAUUUUGGACCAUACGUGUAAAACUCAAAAUCCUUUCGAAGUUCUUUCCUAAUCAUGCAGCAAAUGAGCAGUAAACAGCGUACAACGUAUUUGAAUGAGCGUCUCGUUACCCGGACCUAUGGGAAGCAGGUGCUCCUCAAUAAUUGGGAAUCUGAACGGGCAGCAAGUAGCCAAAUCAGCAAUGGCAUCCUGCCGGGAUUAUCCCGAUUUGCGGAAUGUGAGCAACAUGUUAGCGAAACGAAGGCAAAUUUCUCAGAAAACAUUUAUCGUGACAAGGCAAUCAAGCAAAAGUAUAUACAACAAUUUUUGGACAGAUAUCGCAAUAGGCUGGUCAAUCAGAGUUCGCAUUUAACUCUGAUCCCCAGCCAGAUAUAUCAAAACAAUUUCACCUCCACAAAUACGAUAGUAUAUGACAUAGAGCCGAAAGUUUGGCUACACGACCAGCGGACCGCAGCAUGCAAUGCCAUACCCAAGCAUCCAAAGGAUUCAAAUUUGGUUAAGGAUUAUGGGAGUCAGACUCGAACCGGUGCGCGUAGACGAAUCAGGCAAGAUAUAAAGGAAUCCAAACAGAUGAAUGGUGGUUGCAUGGCGACCACCUAUCAGACUUUCUAUGGCGGGAUAUCAGCUGGCAAUGAUUUGAGACACUGAAAUCAUCUGCAUCAUCUCCUCCUAGUGGCAGUGGCAAUAAUCAGCCGGUUCUGCUUGCUGGCGGGCGGUGCAAUUGUUGUUGUUGUUAGUACGGUUGCAGUUGUUAUUGGGUCUAUUGCCUUUAGUUUAUUCAGUGCUUUGUAGCAGCAGCUGGUGCUGCAUUUAACUCGCGGCCUUUGUAUGUUUAUAAUUUCCACAAAGAAAAUAUAUUUACCGAAGAAACCGAUAAAAUUCAUCGAAAA